CAAUAAACAACUCAAAAAUGGAAAAAAUCAAUUUCAAUAAAUUGCCAAAACACCAAUAACUACAAACUUCCAAAAAUUGAACCCUUUGAAGCACACAAUCAUGUCUAAAUAUAAAUCUCCAAUCCACCCACUUGUAAUUCCCCAUUCUCUCUCUCUAAAAGUCAAAACUUUAGCUUGUUUCUGUUUUCGUUUUAUGUUGAUUUCUUGAUUUUCUUGAAUUGGGGACGCAUGCAUCUGUGGAAAAUCAAUUUGAUUUGAUUCAUAAAUCACAAAAAAGGACAUGUACUUUUAUGGGUGUGAUUGAGGUUUUCCUCGGAGAAAUCACUGAAUCUUGCAAGUCAAACACUAGUCAACAAACAGUCGACGAUGCCUAGUUCAAGUAGCGUUUCUCGGAAUUCGACCGCCGGCGGUGAUAGUAAUGUCACGGACCAGUUUCCGGCUGGUUUACGAGUGCUUGUUGUUGAUGACGACCCAACUUGUCUCAUGAUCUUGGAGAAGAUGCUAAGAAACUGCAAAUACGAAGUGACUAAAUGCAAUAGGGCCGAGGUUGCUUUAUCUUUACUGCGGGAAAACAAAAACGGAUUUGAUGUGGUGAUUAGCGAUGUUCAUAUGCCUGAUAUGGAUGGAUUCAAACUCCUUGUACACAUUGGGCUUGAAAUGGACCUUCCUGUUAUCAUGAUGUCAGCGGAUGACAGCAAGAGUGUAGUGAUGAAGGGAGUAACACACGGGGCAUGUGACUAUUUAAUAAAGCCAGUACGUAUAGAAGCAUUGCGUAACAUUUGGCAACAUGUGGUUCGAAAAAAGAAGCGUGAAUGGAAAGACAUUGACACGACAGCAAGUUUGGAUGAUGUGGACAGGAAGGAGGAGAAACAGGCUGAAGAUCCGGACUACUCGUCUUCUGCAAACGAAGGGCAUAAUUGGAAAAACACAAAAAGGAGGAAAGAUGAUGAGGAUGAAGGUGAAGGUGAAGGUGAGGAAAGAGAUGAUUCUUCUUCUUUGAAGAAGCCUCGUGUUGUUUGGUGUGUGGAACUUCAUCAACAGUUUGUUGCAGCUGUUAAUCAGCUUGGAAUCGAUAAAGCUGUUCCUAAGAAAAUAUUGGACCUCAUGAAUGUUCCUGGAAUAACACGUGAAAAUGUUGCUAGUCACCUUCAGAAAUAUCGUCUUUAUCUUAGAAGACUCAGUGGGUCCCACCAAUCAGGCGGAAAUACCCCCUCGUUUUUCAGCACUCCCGAUGCGGGAUACGGAUCAAUUUCAACACUCAGUGAUCUUGAAAUUCAAGCUUUAGCCGCCAGCGGGCAGCUUGGUCAACUCGGUCAACUCCCGGGUCAAAGUCUUGCCACCCUCCAAGCGGCGGCACUUGGCCGGUCAGGCUACCCAAAAUCCCCGAUUUCCGUGCCUUUAAUUGAUCAAAGAAAUAUUUUUAGCUUUGAAAACCCUCAAUCAAGAUAUGGUCAAGUCCAAAACCGCCAGGGGCAUAAUGGUAAUAUCAACAGGCCGAUGAAUUUGCUUCACGGGAUUCCCACAACUAUGGAGCCAAAGCAACUCAUGGGGAUGCAGGGUUCUUUUGCAGGGUUGACUAGUCAAGGUCUGAUUCCCUUGACCGGUCAAAGUCAAAGUCAAAGUCAAAGUCAUGUCUCUAGACAUCCCGUUUUGCCUGGACAGGUAGUCUCCUCACCUGGGAAUCAUGUAACCGAGUCAACCGGGAAUCGUUUUCAGCUUAGGGGUAGUUUGGGAAUUCCAGGUUAUGGUCUCGUAAACAAUGGAAAUCAAAUUCAAACCAGACCUUUACAAGGGGCAGAUUUGACCUUUGACCCUUCGUGCCAUAUGAAUAAAAAUAUUCAAGGCCAAGGAGGAUUGAAUGUGGUUCAACAUAACAACUACGAUUCUGGUCAGAAAAUCGGGGGUAGUAAGGUCAUUUUCUCAACAGGGGAAGGAAGUGAGACACAUGUUGUGGACAAUUCUUCAAUGCUUAAGGCCGAAAAGGUCAAUUACAAAAGCACAUUUUGCCCUGAAGAAUACAGUCAAGAUGAUCUCCUAACCGCAAUGUUUACACAGCAACAACAGCAAGAAGGCAUUGGACAAGGGGAAAACGAAUUAGGGUUGGAUUGGUAUUCACUGGAUAAUCUCCCGGUGUAAGAUGUGCUUCAACAAUUGGACAUCGUGCAUUAUCAGCCGUACAUAGUUUAGUUUUUUUUUUUUUUUUUUUUUCAGCUGAAUUUUCAAAGAUUUAUAGGUUGUU